AUGCCACAUGUGUUCGUCAGUGUUGCAUUCUCCUCAAGGCUCAUGAUAAAACUCAAGAUGGAAAAAAGUACCAUCGGGUUUAUUAUGAUCACACUCUCUGCCUUUGUGACAUGUAAUGAUGACUCCCAGGUCACGAUUCGCUCAGAUCAGCUAGGCAUCGACCCCAGCCUUGAGGUCAUCCACCUCUACGAAAAACAAUGGCCGGUUGGCAUUGCAGUCUCAUCGACGGGUCGUAAGUUCGCGUGCUUCCCUGCGGUACUCGACGAACUGAACACCAACAACGGAAGCAACAACGUCUACGCAGUCGCCGAACUGACGGGUCUCUUUGGCGAAACACCCUAUCCUAACGAAGAGUACAACAACCCAUCUGGAGGCGCCGUCGAUAACUCGGGACCGUUCCCGAAGACGAAGGGACUCUCGAGUAACUUCCUCGGUGUGAUAUCCCUCUUCAUAGACAUCUUCGACGUCCUGUGGGUCCUGGACACCGGUCGUGUCGUAUCCGAGGGCGUCACGCUGGACUCCUCAUAUGGAGGUCCGAAACUAGUGUCCAUCGACACGAACAACGACUCCGUCGUUGACACCUACGUCUUUCCGACCGAUGUCGCCAGGCCCACAUCCCUCUUCGGUAACGUCCGCGUGGACCCCUUCCGUCGCACAGCCUACAUCUCCGACUCGACUCCGACCCAGGACAACGCCAUCAUCGUCGUCGAUCUGCGCACCGGCGACUCCUGGCGAACCCUGGCGCGUGAUUUUUCAGUCAGGGCUCUUCCUGGUUUUGUGGCCUUCGUCAACGGUUAUCCCUUGUACCAGGUCGUAACGAGUCCUGCCGGGACACCCGUCGGGGCAUCUUUCCUGACGAACGGCGUCGAUGGAGUAGCCUUGUCUCCCGACUUCGAGACUUUGUACUACGUUGCGCCCUUCGGCCGAACAUUAUACUCCGUCCCGACAUCCCUCUUGAGGAAUCCUAACACUCCAGCGACGGAAAUUGUCGCGGCGGUAAGGAGCCUUGGCCAGAUAGGAGUCUCUGCCGAUGUAACGACGGAUUCGAAUGGUGUCGUCUACCUGGGACAGAACGAGCAGAAUGUUGUGCAGAUGUAUGACCCUAAGACUGGGUUUCUCGUGGUUGUGGUCGACGAUACGCGGAUCAACUUUGUGGCUAGGUUUAGUCUGACAGCCAACGGGUCUUUGUACUUUAAUGUGAAUCAGUUUAAUAGGCUCCCGUCGAUUUACUCUGGGGAGGGACCUCUGGGAGUGGAUCGAAGACAAACGCCUUACGUGCUUUUUAAGGUAGAUUUGCCCGGGAACGCGACAAAGCCAGAUGGGUCUUGA